AUGAGUGGGGGUGCCAAGUCCUUUAUUGAUCGCCUGCGUAUAUAUGUCAGAUCCGGUUCAGGCAGCCCUGGUAAUCCUCUGAUUCACGGAAAAGGAGGCAAUGGUGGCAGUGUCUACCUUCGCAGUGUGGAAGGACAAACUCUCAAUGGUAUACUUGACAAGUGUCCCAAAAAACGAUUUAUUGCCAGCUGCGGUAAACCCUGCAGUGCUCGACGCGGGAUCUGCUUUGGCUCCAAUGCUGCUGACAUUGAAGUUUCAGUCCCCGUUGGAAUUUCCGUCUCUAUUAGUAACCCUGGUGAACCGACUAGACUGAUAGGUGAUCUUGACAAGCCGAAUCAGCGCUUGCUCGUUGCACAAGGUGGCUAUGGUGGUACACCUGUAACAAACUAUCUUGGCACCCCUGGAGAGGCACGGUCUAUAGUCCUAGACCUGAAGUUGUUGGCGGAUGUUGGACUUAUUGGACUUCCAAACGCGGGGAAAUCGAGCCUCCUGCAAGCACUUUCAGGGGCUAAAGCGAAAAUUGCAGCGUACCCUUUUACCACUCUUAGACCCCAGAUAGCCACUAUCAGUUUCCCCGAUCACCGAAAGAUUACCAUGACAGAUCUUCCAGGUUUGGCUGAUAUAGCCGCCAAGUUUGACAUAAAUCAGCAGUCACCCCCACCUUUGCGCCACACAGCCUUCUUGAAACAUGUUGAGCGCACCGCCUGUAUCCUGGUGGUCCUUGAUGCCCUUGGCUUCCAGGCAAACCAACAUGCUCCUCUGCGCACGCCGUUGGCCGCUGCAGUUCUUCUAGUCAGUCAGCUUCAACGCUACGCUUUUGGUCGUCUCCUUGGCAAGCCAAUGCUCUGUGCUAUUAAUAAGGAAGGUCUACGCCACUGGCUUGAUGUUAUUGACAUGAGACGCAAAAAGAAAGACUUCGAUGAGGCAGAGAAGUCCUUAGAAGGCGCCAUUGAAUCGGCUCUCAAGGACCACAUGCCCACCACUUAUGAGAACGUAUAG